AUGGUAGAUUUCUCACUGGCUGUCAUUCUGCGGUGCUGGCAUGCUACCAUUCUACAUCGGCGGCGUGGCUGGUUUUGCAUGGCAGGGUACAGAGCAGCCAUUUUCAUGUACGUGGAUGAAAUAGCAGACCGUGAAUUUCCUGCAAGUUUGGAACCUGAUGCGAUAAUUUCUUGUGACUAA